GGCUCCGCGCUGCCCGGUUCGGGCGGUGCCGGUUUUUGGGGCGAAUACGGGAAGUGCGACCUUCCGCUGCGCACCAUCGCCUCUCUGCUGGCCGGGCUGCGCCAGGCGGGGCCGUUCGCUGCCGCGUACUGGACGGGUGACAUCCCGGCUCACGACGUGUGGCAGCAGCGCCGUGAGGACCAGCUGCUGGCGUUGCGCACCGUCAGCGCGCUGCUGCGCCGCCAGCUGGGAGCGCUGCGCGUCUUCCCGGCCGUGGGCAACCACGAGGCCACCCCCGUCAACGCCUUCCCUCCGCCCUACGUGCACGGCAACCAGUCGGCUGCGUGGCUCUACGAUGCCAUGGCCGAGGCCUGGCAGGACUGGCUGCCCCCCGCGGCGCUGAAGACCCUCCGAGCUGCUGGGUUCUACACGGCACAGGUGUGGCCGGGGCUGCGCCUCGUUUCCCUCAACAUGAACUUCUGCUCCCAGGCCAAUUUCUGGCUUCUCAUCAACUCCACUGACCCCGCGGGGCAGCUGCAGUGGCUCGUGGGGGUGCUGGAGGCUGCCGAGCGUGACGGUGAGAAGGUGCACAUCAUUGGGCACAUCCCCCCAGCGCACUGCCUGCGGAGCUGGAGCUGGAACUACUACCGCAUCGUCAACAGGUUUGAGGGCACCAUUGCCGCCCAGUUCUUUGGGCACACGCACGUGGAUGAGUUCGAGAUGUUCUACGAUGAGGAGACGCUGACCCGCCCCGUGUCCGUGGCUUUCGUGGCUCCCAGCGUCACCACCUACAUCAACCUCAACCCCGGUGAGCCCUCAGUCCAAGGCUGCUGCAUCCCCUCCUGGUGGUGGCCCCAAGCCCCAAACACUGCAGUGGAGCCGUAGGGCGGUUGGGGUGGA